AUGGUAAUGAUGCGCUACGUGCUGUGUAUCCUCGCUCUCCUGCUCUCCUGUGCGUGUGUGCACGUCCUCGCUGAAGAAGUGCCUGCCGCCGAUCUUUCCGACCAAGUCCCUGAUACGGAGAGUGAGACAAAGAUUCUUCUUCAAGGUAUUGAACAAACAGUUAAUCAAGAUACUCAGUGCACUACUGAUGGUGGUUCUGGGUCUAACUGCACUGCUGGCGGUACUCAUGUCGUCCUAGAAGAAACUCCUCAGUGCGCUGAUGGUACUGUACUUUCUUAUGAUCGUAAGUCAUGUGUGACAAAACCCGAAGUUCCUCCUGCUAAAGUACCUGAGGUACCAAAAAACGUGGAUUCUUCUCAUCCACGUGGGGAAGAAGGUCUUCUACGUGAGACUACAUUGCACACCAUGUCUACAGACCCCGGUUCAGAACAAAAAGCGACGGAGAGUGAACCAGCAGUGACACAACCCAGUGAAUCUGAGAGUGGUGAAUCACAUCCAGGUAGGAUUUCAGACAGUACGUCGACAACAGAAAGACAAGGAGAAGAGUCUACUGCAGAUAAACAAAGUAACGAAGAGGUGUCGAGUAACACAACAGUUAACAGUACACCUGCCGACUCUAAUCCUAACCAGCAUUCUCCUGAAGCUGCAGGUGCAACUGCCGCACCAGACUCACAAGAAACCAAUUCCUCUACUCCACAGAGCACCGAGAGCAAUGUCACAGAAGCACCAACCACCACUCCAUCACCUGUUCCUGUAACUGAUACACAGAUCAGCAGCGUCGCUUCCACAGUACAGAAGAACAAGGUCAACGCUGACAGCAGUGUCAGUCCUGUAUGGAUGCGUACUGCAGCACCGCUGCUGAUUGUGGUUGUGUUAUUCUCUUUUACUGUGUACUGA